GUGAUUAAUUUAAAUUAAUUUAAGAAUUUUAACAAGAUCCAGAUUAGUACAAAAGUAGAUGGUAAAUUCCUUGGUGUUCUCAUUGGAAACAAGCUGAAUUUCCAGUGCUACAUACAAAAUAUAGUUAAAAAAAAAUCUAAAACAGUUGGCAUUCUUCCUAAAAUCAGAUAUUUUGUACAUUGUUCUGCCCUGGUAAUGCUUUAUUACUCUCUCAUCUAUCCUUAACUCACAUGUGGUAUCUGUGCCUGAGGUUUUACUGCCCAAAAUUAUCUAUGACCUCUAAUUACUCAUCAUAAUCAGCAAUUUGAACAAUAACAAACUCAAGCCCAAGACAGCACUUGACUUUCAAAAGGAAACCUUUGAAUAUGUUAAGAUAUUAAGGGGCCCGGUGCAUGUACAUUGAAACUUCCUCAAACACUAAAAAAUUUUUUGUGCAUAAUCUCUCGUAUAUCAGUCUAGGCUCCAGGGAGCCUCCAGGGCUCACCCAGAAUAUGGCGUUUCAUUACAUUAAAUGAUUUUUUUUCUUUUUAGUUUGGUAUUAACUGUGUCAUUUUGAAUAAGAUGGUUGGUAUUGGAGAAAGUGAAGGUUGUUUCAUCAGCAAAUGGAAUUGGCUUCAGGUGUUGUGUGGUAUUUGGAUGGUCAUUCAUCUAGAUAAAGAGGAGAGAACCAAAUAUACUGCUCUGUGGAAAGCCAAUGUUAAUUGAACAAGAUGGCCUAUUGUAGAACAGAAAUUGGGAUAUCAAAUAUGGUGAUUCAAUGCAGUAGCCUUGCAUCUAUCUUGGAGGACUGUUUGGGGCCUCGAGGGAGAGCUGUACUGAUGGAAAAGGCAGGUUGCGUUGUUAUUACACAAGAUGGAGCUGAAAUCCUGACAUCAUUAGAUGUUUGUGACCCUGUUGUAAAUAUGGUAGUACAUGGCAUUUUAGAUCAAACUAAAGUUUUAGGUGAUGGUUGCAAAGUAAGUUUUUUAUUGUUAAGACGUCUUUUACAUUCACUUGAUAGUCAUGUUGCAACAUCAUCUUGUGUAUCUCUAGCUAUAAGAAGACAAAGGAUGGUACAAAUUACCCAGCACCUAAGAAAGUAUGUUAAAAGUACUAUAAUAAAAGAUGUGAUAAGAUAUGGUACUCGAGUGUACCCCCUCCAUAGUUUUGAAGCCUUUGGGAAGGUACUGCAGAGUGCCUCUGAAAGUUUUUUUCAAACAAAGUUUUCUAAACUUGUAGCUAGAAAUCUUUCCCAGUUGUUGUCAACAUAUUUGUUUUGUAAUUGCAGUAACAGUGAAGAGCUUAUAAAGCUACUAAAUGACUUAGCAACAAAUGUCCAUAUUGCUAUUGUUCAAGUGUACAAAAUGCCAUUAUCAAAGUCCCGUGUGAUAUCCGGUUUUGUACUAACGAGAAAUUUCAAGUACUUGCACGAGGGUAUGAAAUUUGACAAUGUUUCUUCUGUUUUAUGGUCAAUAGAUCUAGAAGAAAGAAAAGAUAAUGAAAUUUGCAAGCCCAUUAUUGAAACUGGCCAAGACCAAACAUUAAUUGAGAGCAUUUUUAUAAAAAAUAGACUUCUUGAUUUUUGCCUAGCAUCUUUAAAGUCACUUGGUGUUCAUAUUAUUUUCUCCUCAACCUUUUUUCCAGACUGGGCUGCAUCACAGUGCAGUAAAUAUGGUUUCUCAUUAAUAGAUAUGAUUGAAGAUGAAGAGUGGAAUUUUUUAAUUAAGAAAUUACAAAUUACACCAAUAAUUAAUAAAGGAGAUAUUAAUUUGAGGUCAGUUCAAACUUUAGUCAAAAUUGAACCUGUGGUGAUAGGUACUUGUAAAUUUGUAAGACUACAUGGACUUGAUGUUCACCAGAUUCUGUUGUGUGGUCCAACUCCCACACAGUGUAAACAGUUCUCCACAGCCUACUGUAAGCUCUUCAUGUAUCUUAACUCUUGGGUGACAGACUGUUUACAUUUUGGCCAGAUUGCUGAGAAAACAGGUAAUGAAGGUGUUGAGAACAUGAAUAAUAUAGCCUGUGAUUUUGACUCUUGUUUGAGUGCAUCGUCUGUGAGCCCUAGCGAGGUGCUUAGCCAUGUACACUGUAAAGACACUAUUGAAAGGAAUAUUUGUACAAAUAUAGAAUCGAUUAUCCAUCCACAAAGUCCAUCACCUGUGUUAUACUCGGUACCACAUGGUGGCUAUGUAGAACUAUUGGCUAAAUAUCUAGUACAGGAAAAUGUCUCUGGAAGCAUUGGUAAUAUUUAUAGACUAAUAAUUUCUGAAGUUUUAGAUGAAAUACCAUGGUUGCUGUACAAAAAGUUAAAACGUUCUCCAAAGAGUUACACAGAUUUUCAAACUAGAUUAUAUAACCAUUUUAAAGGCUUAAGAACUAAUACCAGUAAUGAAAAAGCUUCUUUGUCUAGCACCUUGGAAGCAAAUGAAUUUUUAGGAUAUCAAAAUCCUUUUGCCUUCUUCAGAAUUUUAGAUUGUGUAUUUCAUUUUACUGAGUAUAUUUUAAGAAUUGAAUGUUCAAUUCCAUCCAAAAGAAGAAUUCUGAAAUUUAUUAAAAAAAGUGAGAGAGAAGACAGCGAUGAUGAAUGACAUUUGUCCAUAUGGGGGUGUCAUCUUCCACUUACAACAACACAAGCUGCACACAGAAACUGUGUAUUUUCACUGCCUUGACCUGAUUGUUGCCUCUUUACUGUAAAGCUGAAAAAAAUGCUUCUGAGUUUUUA